GCCCCGAUGCCUGGCCCCUGACCAGGGCGACGUGCCGCCUUGUGCCCGCCUUGUGCCGCGACCACCGCGACGGGAUGCGUGUGUGAGUGACUCAAGUGCAGCGCCGCGCCCCACCGCCACCAUGGACGUCGGUUUCCACAACCUGUCGUACACGCCGCAGUCCUGGAAGCUGCGCGGCGACAAGCCCGUCAUCCUGAAGGAUGUGUCGGGGCGCUUCAAGAGCGGCGAGCUGUCCGCCAUCCUGGGGCCGUCGGGGGCGGGGAAGAGCACCCUGCUCAACGCGCUGUCCGGACUCACGACGCGCGGCGUGGAGGGCUCCCUCACGGUGAACGGCCGCCAGAGGAACCCCCGCACCUUCAACAAGUGCUCGCGCUACAUCACGCAGGAGGACCUGCUGCAGCCGCUGCUCACCGUGCACGAGCUCAUGAUGGUGUCGGCCAGCCUCAAGCUGCCCUCCAACACGAGUCACCAGGAGCGGAUCCGGGUGGUUAGCGACGUGCUGGACAAGCUGGGCCUGCUGCACGCCGCGGCCACCAGGACGGAGAGGCUCUCGGGCGGCGAGAAGAAGCGCCUGUCCAUCGCGCUGGAGCUGGUCAACAACCCGCCCGUCUUCUUCCUCGACGAGCCCACCAGCGGCCUGGACAACGUGUCGACGGGGCAGUGCCUGCGCCUGCUGCGCCGCCUGGCGCACGAGGGCCCCCGCACCUUCGUGCUCACCAUCCACCAGCCGUCCGCCAGCCUCUUCGAGCUGUUCGACCACGUGUACGUGCUGGCCAGAGGCCGCUGCGUGUUCCAGGGACCGCCCGGCCAGCUCGUGCCCUUCCUGGCGCGGUCGCACAUCGCAUGCCCGCGCCACUACAACCCCGCCGACUUUCUGAUGGAGCUGACGGACUCGGACGCCGAGUUCGUGCAGAUCCUCUCCGAGUCGGUGGACAACGGCAAGCUGACGAGGACGCCCCAGGGCAGCAUGCUGGAGGUGGACAAAGGGGAGUGCCUGAGCGAGUGCAGCGGCUCCAGCCAGGGCGAGGCGGUCGACGCGGAGCCGGAGGCGCCCCUGCACGCCACGCCGGGCCGCCGCCACGGCAGCAGCCAGGACGACAUGCAGUUCCCCACGUCGUGCUGGCUGCAGUUCGCCGUGCUGCUGCGCCGAAUGCUGCUGCAGAUCUGCAGGAACAAGGUGGCGCUGCAGAUCCAGUUCAUGCACCACUCCAUGUGCGCCUUCAUGGUGGCCGUGCUCUACUUCAACGUGGCGCGCGACGGCUCGCAGUUCUUCACGCACAUGAAGUUCUCCAUCGGCCUGGUGCUCUUCUACACGUACACCCACGUCAUGGUGCCCGUCCUCGUCUAUCCGUAUGAUGUCAAGCUGUUCAAAAAGGAGCACUUCAACAGAUGGUACGGCCUCAACGCGUACUACGUGGCCCUCAGCGUCGCCAAGAUGCCCCUCCAGUUCGUGCUGUCCAGCUACUUCCUGGCCAUCAUCUACUACUCGUCGGGGCUGCCCAUGGAGCUGGACAGGUUCCUCAUCAUGGUGCUGACGGGCAUCCUCAUCUCGCUGGUGGCCGAGGGCUUCGGCCACUCCAUCGGGGCCGUGUUCAGCGUCACGAACGGGUCCGCCGUGGGGCCCAUGCUGAUCGCGCCGUUCAUGGGGCUGGCGGUGUACGGCUUCGACUUCGCGCAGCAGAUCCCCUGGUACAUCACGGCCCUCAUGAAGACGUCCUUCCUGCGCAGCGGCGUGGCCGCCUUCGUGCUCACCAUGUUCGGCUUCGACCGCCAGAUGCUCGACUGCAACGAGUACUACUGCCACUUCCAGAACCCCAAGAAGGUGCUGCGCUUCCUCGACGUGGAGGGGCAGAGCGCGUGGAGCGAGAUCGUCAACCUGGUCAUCCUGGCCGCCUUCUACCGCCUCACCUUCUGGUGCGGCUUGCGCUGGAGGGCGUCAACCUGACGCGUGUGCGGGAAAGAGAAAGGAAAUUGAAGAAACUGCCGCCAAACGAGUGGCCGCAGUGGACCAUGGGGUGGACCUUGGUCUUGGUGCUCACGAACCUGACCAGUGGACAGUCCUGUCACCUGGACCUGUGCACUGCGUUCCGGUGUGCCCCACGGGGCUUGCGGAUCAAAAAGGCUUGAAUUUUCAGGCGGCGCCACGCUUUGAUCAACUCGUCCCGUUGCAUUCUUGCCAAAUUUGUACUUAGACCGUUGGUUGUGUUGACGGAUUUCUGUUUAUUUCCCAGAAUGGAUGAAACUAUGACUGGAAAUGAUCUGGAGUAGGUUUUAGUUGGAUUUGUAUGUUUAGUUAGUACUCUCAUUGUGAUAAUGUAUUUAGGUUAGUAUUAAGAUCCGAGCGUUUGCUUCACGAGGAAGCUUUGCAAACGCUAAUCAUAACAAAUUUGACGAAUCGAGUCCGGGCAGAAACCCCUAUUAGAUACGCGGAAAAUGUUUAGAGUUUAGCCGUGUGUAUGUUUCUUUUGUAUCUUAGUUUUACUGUAAAAUUAGGAAGAGCAUCGCAGUUGCAGGCUUAGUUCGUGAUAUCACCCUGCCAGCUGCAUCUUCGAAGUUACACUUAACGAGCCAAAGAUCGAGCAGGGUCUCGACCAGCAGGGACCGUCCUUUAUCGAUAAUGAUUCAAGGUGCUAGGAGAAUCUUUAGUGUGUAACUGAUUUUCAAUUAAGGUUCAAGCGAGGAAGAAAAAUAAGAAGAGGGUGGUUAAGUCCUGCUUGCAACGUCCUUGCGAGCUUGAUGGACGGUCCCCACAGCCUCUUAUAGAAGGAACGGAGCGUUGUUCCAAUAGCGAUUUAAGUUUUUACUUUUAAUUAAGCGAGGAAACACCCUGAUAGUUGCUCAACUAGUUGUGCUGCCACACGAAUCGUCUUCCACGCAGGGCGGGGUAAAGCACUGCCAGUCAAAAUUUUAGAAAUUUAAAUAUGAAACUUAUGUAAGAAACAUCACGUUUCCACCAAACUAUGGUGUGGGGCAGUCCAGUCAGAAACUGUUCCUUGAUGAGAUAAUGAGGUAGGGGCGUGGGUGGGCUCUUGCAGGGCGGCACAAUAGCAGAUUAAUUUUGUCUCCUGUAUGACUGUCUGUGAAAUCCACUUUAAAAGGAGCGAGCAUUCGUCGUGAAGCAUUCAACACAGUUUAUUAUUCUCUUACGUCGUUUUUUAAAUAAAUAAAUACCUUUGUGAGAGUAUUGUCUA